UGCUGUGAGGACAAAAAAUCAUCUUGGACAAGAACAGCGGUGCAUUUGACCUAAGCGGUACGUGAAGGGCAACGAACAUAUUUUCCCGACGCUCAAACGUUGACCGUUUGCUUGUCUGUUCACAAGUCAGUUCCGGGGCGGGCACAGCCUCGUUCGUCAGCGGCUCUUGAUCAAUAAUGCCGAAUAGAGCCGUAUCAAUUGAAAAAGUGUUCCCUCUUAUCGCACUGUGACAGCGUUCGGGAAGAGCGAAGAGACUAGCCGCGACAGCCUGUCGUCAGGGCCUGCACUGUUUAUGCCCGGAUGUAUUGAUGGAAAUGUUCUUGGAUGAAAUUUGGCAAGGCUACAACCGGAAGAAGCCAUAUCACAAUAAUCCGCGAUUAGAUGGAAAUUGUGCAGCGUAGACAAUAUUGUUCUGAGGGGUACUGUACUGUUGAUCCAUUGGCAUCAUCCAAAAACUGCAGACAUUUGGCAAGGCUUUUAGUUUGGUUAAGCGCUGAUUUGGCUCGAUUGACUUGUACGAUGCGUGUGUAUGUUGGCUUGCCGCUGCACUAUUCUUAGACCUUGAAAUUUUGUAGUGCGGCAAUAUUCCCUCGGUUCACAACUUCGAGAUCGAUGUAGUAUGACGCUCGGCUGCUGUUCGUCGUGCCCAAUCACGAAGGCCUGCCGUUGGCUGCUCAGCUGUGUGUGUGGUGUGUGAGCUGCUCUGCCCAGGAAAUACACGGUACCGACUAUUCAUCGUGCCAGUUUGUGGUGCUGGGUUCAUCGGAAGAAAGUUCAUUGCCUCCAGUCGAUCGUUACAACACUCAGCGGUACAGACGAACUCUGUGAGCGUGUGUGCACGACGUGUAUUUGUUCCCGACGUUUUCCCUGAAAACAGCUGCAGCAUAGCCUGUAUAGGACUCCAGAAACGACGUGCUUCCCCCUGUCUCUCUGUCUCCUCGCUCUCCAGACGCGAAUUACCAGCCAGGCAUUCUGGGUUAAGGUUACUGACUGGACAAUAGACAAUUCCCGUCCAAUGCUACAACGCUUGUGAAGCAUUUCCUUCGACGGACACAGAAAUUACAAUACGGUGACUUUGAUCAAACAAAAACGGCUGCCCUGUGGAUAAGUUUGGCCCUUGUCACCGUCGGCCACUACCGUCGUUCCCGGAAGUGCUAGCUUCUGGGAUAGAUUGGGAUUUUCUAUGGCUGCAAAACGAAAGCGUGACAUAAUCAGUUCUUCCUUUUUGGUCUCUUCGACAACUGAAUUAGGAAGUGAGCAUCCAGCCGACUUGUCUUUUCUGCGUCACCAUACCUCUGCUCCGCUGAAUCUGUCCAAAAUGAAUGGUGAACAUCAUAAAGAGCAUCCGGUUCUCUCGCCGACGGCACUCAUUGCUGAACGCUAUCAGAAGUUGACCAUCAAGUCUCCCUCUACGAUGUGCAUCCAAGAGGAGGAUGAAAAAGUUAUGCCCAGUCCGGCCAGCAUAAAACGUCCGAAAUCGGAGUCGGAUAACUGGUCCGACUGCGGAAGUCCUUUGUCCAGUUCAACUAGUCUGAAGGAUCCCCUCUCUCCGGCCACACCCUUGAAUGUUGCACACAUCAUUAGUCAACUGCACAUGCCGGUGGUCAGACCAAAGACCAGUCCGCCGCCCAAUGUGCCUACGAGGCCUCCCGCUGCCCCUGCAGUAGCUGCCACCGUGGUGCCACAACAACCACCGACUACUAAACCCAUUAUAACUGGUCGGGAUGAGGUGUCAUCCAGUGGAUUGAACGGCUACAAUAGUCCGGACAGCGGUAUCGGCGGGGACCUGCGUAAGAAACGACCUCCAUAUCCUCGGGCCCAGCAGCAGGAGGAACUGUGUCUGGUGUGCGGCGACCGGGCUUCCGGUUAUCAUUAUAAUGCCCUGACGUGUGAAGGCUGCAAAGGCUUCUUUCGAAGGAGCAUCACAAAAAAUGCCGUAUAUCAGUGCAAAUACGGAGGAAGUUGCGAUAUCGAUAUGUACAUGCGCCGCAAAUGUCAGGAAUGCCGACUGCGCAAAUGUCUUACGAUUGGCAUGCGGCCAGAAUGCGUGGUACCGGAAACGCAGUGCAAAGCCAAGCGGGAAUCGAAACAGCAGCAGCAACAGCAGCAGAAGGAUAAAGCUGGUAAUGGUCCAGCUCUGGCUAAUGGUGGCAACACUUCGGCGGUGGUACCGGCCCCGCCGCAUCCCACGGCUGUUGCCAAAGAACCCAUUUCACCUAAGUCAUUCAGUCCCAACUCUUCGGCCAGCCCGGCAUCCGUGACACCUUUUGUUGAAUUAACCGUGCUGACACAAGAGCAGCUGGACCUGAUCCAGCGCCUCGUGCUGUACCAGGAGCAGUUUGAGCUACCCAGUGAGGAUGAUUUCCGCAGCAUCACGCCGUUAUCCAUAUCUGGCAGCCCAGAUGAUGAUUGCGCCAAUCGAUUCCAGCAUGUUGCCGAGAUCACGAUCCUCACCGUCAAAUUGAUUGUUGAAUUUGCGAAAAGUUUGCCAGGUUUCGAGACUUUAACCCGUGAUGACCAGAUAGCGCUUUUGAAGGCAUGUGCCUGCGAGUUGAUGAUGCUCCGCUGUUCACGCCGGUAUGACACCGGAACUGAUUCCAUUGUUUUUGCAAACAAUGUUCCCUUUACUCGUGAGAACUACAAAGGCGCUGGUUUGCACAAUGGGGAUGGAUUGUACAAUUUUUGCAAAUCCAUGUGCUCUAUGCGAGUGGAUAAUGCAGAGUAUGCCAUUUUGGCUGCUAUCGUCAUUUUUUCGGAGCGUCCAAUGCUAAAAGAGACUGCAAAAGUUGAAAAGAUUCAGGAAAUGUAUUUGUUUGCUCUCCGUGGAUAUUUGGAUACACAUCGCCCGAGUAAAAGUGGCUCGAUUUUUGCUCGGCUGUUGAUGCGUCUUACCGAACUGCGCACAUUAGGCCACGAAUGGACGGAAUUGUUAUUCAAUCUGCGCCUGCAAAAGCGUCGUCUGCCGCCGCUUCUGUCAGAAAUCUGGGACUUCGAUUGUCAGUGAGAAAAAAGGCUGUUAUAGGAGUGCUCCUCUUGCAGUUUGAAACUGGAAAGUGUCAGUCAUCGCCGAAUAUUGUUCCGAUAAGAAAAAUGGCAAACUGCAAGAUGAAUCUCGAUUAACCGGUGAUUUGCUCGCUACUGUGGAUUGAUGUUAUUGUGCGUAAUUCUUCUGGUGGAGCUUGGGGAUGUUUACUCACAGACAUGGGAAUUUGUGGCCUUUCCUUUUUCCUCUUAUUAUUCUGCUCGUUGGCGGAUACAGAUGCGCGUUCGUUUUUGGUUCUACGUCUUGGUUUUUUAUUGGAUUUAUCGUGUAGCUUGUUUGUUGAUGCUUUGACGACCGAAUUCCGGCGGACAGCUCGAGGGAACGGUUGGACGGAGCGACUGUAGUUAUUUUGUAGUGAUCUUAGCGUUUUCAUCUUGUUUUUUCUUGCAUUGAUUCUCGCCGCUGCUGCCUGCCUCGCCUAGUUGCGCUACCGCCGAUCUUAAUUACCGUUCUGCUUUCCUAAUUGACUUUUUGCUUCCGCAUUUCUCAUUCAACGAAAACCGUUCUUUUUUGUAGUCGUACAUAUUUUGUUGACAAAAAAUUCCUAGCAUCUGUCGCUAAUUCUUAAUAUAUUUUAAUUGCUUUUAGUAUGGAUUUUAUUAACGUUUUAACGGUUUUAGUACAGACUAUAAUGAUGUGUUUUUAUCCUUUCUAACCCCCCGUUUUUGUGGAUGGCAGCACUCAUAGAUAAGCCAGAUUUUUUAUGAUGCAUACUCGUUUGGGGAUUGAUGAUUUCGCUGUAGUGUUGCUCGUCCGUUUGUACAGAGGAAUUAUUUUAUGUGUAUUUUCAUGUCUUGCAUUUUUUCAUGCUGUUAAUGUCAUCAAUUUUAUCCACUUUUAUCUGUCUGUGGAAGUCUAAUACAGAAAUUGCUGCUUAACCAGGAAGCGGAUUUUUUCCUCUGUCAGUAUUUGGAUGGAUUUACAUGAAUUAAGCCUCAUUUAAUUGGAAUUUGAGGGACGGUCUAUGUUUUCGUAUCAUGGUUUUAGCGAAUUCUAUUUCCUGGUUAUGGUUUGACAUUAAAAUAUUGCAAAAACAAUA